AUGGAAAAAAAAUGGUAACCAAAAAAUCUUGUAAGGAACAAUGAGUUUACAACUCAAUUAUAGUGGCAAUGGCAGUUCGGAGCGGGAGGACGCGGGAGGAACUGAUGAAACAGGUGAACACGACUUUGCGCUUAUAAAAGCUGGGGUUUUGGGAUUGAUUUUUGUCUUAGCCACAUGUGGGAAUUUGUGCCUUCUGCAUGCACUUUGGAGGAAGCGCAAGAUGAAUACAAGGACUCAACUGUUCCUUCUGCACCUGUGUUUUGCGGACCUAGUGGUCGCUUUCUUCCAAGUCCUACCGCAGCUCUGCAUGGAGAUUACGCACCGGUUCCGGGGCUCAGAUUUCGUCUGUAGGUCGGUGAAAUAUCUUCAGGUGGUUGGGAUGUUCGCCUCCACAUACAUGAUAGUGGCCAUGACCAUAGAUCGGUACCAUGCGGUCUGCAAACCCAUGGUGUCGUUCUUGAAGGGUUCUUUUAAGAGGUACGUCGCCAUAGGCGCAGCGUGGCUGAUCUCUCUGGCUUUCAGCACUCCGCAACUCUUCAUCUUCUCUCUCCAAGAACUAGAGGACAACCUGUAUGAUUGUUGGGCGACAUUUAUCGAACCUUGGGGUUCUAAGAUAUACAUCAGCUGGAUUACUUUAUCAGUGUUUGUUCUCCCGGUUAUCAUCUUGCUGUACUGCCAGAUUAAAAUAUGCACGGGGAUAUACUUUAACAUGAAGAGAAAGGCGCUCCAGGCUUCCACGAGCGACAGGCGCACGGGCACCAAAGGGGUCUCGAGCGCGAUGUUGAAGACGGUCAAAAUGACAUUCGUCAUCAUUAUGGUCUACUCGAUAUGCUGGAGCCCCUUCUUUGUGGUCCAGUUGUGGUCUGCAUGGAGUCCCAGUACAGCACCCACAAAUGGUCCAUUGUUUGUCAUCAUCAUGCUGCUUGCCAGUCUAAACAGCUGUACCAACCCCUGGAUCUAUCUUUACUACAGCUAGGAGACACUAUGUUGGACUAGCUCUGGCCCAGGGCGCUACUUUCAGCUUUACAGAAAGCUCAGCAUCAGCAAGCCACACAUAACACCAUGGACCAGAGCUAUUGAUGGACCAUGUGGGCAAUAUGAAAACUCCUCCCACUCCACUGCUUCACCUUGUACUGUAUGUAACAUUUCUUUGAUGUCAUUGAAGAUCCAUGGUUUAGACACAUGGAAAUAUUUGUAAAUAUCUUCGUUGAUUCAACAUCAAUAUUGGUAUGUCAAGCCGACCAUUUUAGCUCUCAGCAGUAAGCAAAUGUAAUGUAUAUUCUGUCAAGCUAAUAUUCUAUAAGAGGUGCAGGAACUGGAGCAGUAGAACAUUUGAGGUGGCGGGACUCAGUUCCAGUGAGAUCCUGUCCUAAUCAAUCACUGAUUAUCUGGGAUGAGUUCCUGUCCUAAUCAAUCACUGAUUAUCUGGGAUGAGCUCCUGUCCUAAUCAAUCACUGAUUAUCUGGGAUGAGCUCCU